UCAGUGUGGAUGUCGUGCGAGUUUGUGGCAGGCGGUGCACAACACGGCCGCCAUCUUCCCUUCUCUGUGUACCUCCACACGCCGUCUGCGGUAAAAAGUCAAGAUGUCUGCAGACUUGUGUUGGCAAAUCAUUCGGGAUAAUCAUGCACAUCUCCUCAAGAAGAGGAAUGUCAAGAAACCUUUUUCCACUGAACCAAACAACUUGAAGAGUGUUAACAGUCCUCGUUAUAAUGGCCUCUGCAAGAAGAAGGUCAUUGGCAUUGAACCUGCCCCAGGUGGAAAGGGUAUCAUUCUCUCCCACAAGACCUCAAAAUACCAGAACAAACCAGCAAAAAAUGUAGUGAAGACAACCAUUAAGGCAGGACCUCGCCGAGCUCUCAACUCCAUUCGUAGAUUCAUUCGCUAUAACCACUACAGGAAGGAUCUAAAAAAGGCUGCCCUUCGACGUGCUUCUGCUAUUCUCCGUUCUCAGCGUGCUCAACCAUUCAAGAAAGCCCGCCGUAGGAUUCACAAUGUUGCUAAGAAGACAACUGAAUAAACUUUUGUUAAUAAAGAAAAGAGAAUAA